ACACAGGAAGGUCACACCAUCCCCCACCAUCAUCAGGGUGAAGAACUGAAAAACAUCAAAGCUGAAGUCAAAAAUGAAGAACCAAUGUUUGCGAGGGGAGAUCAGUGUCCUAUGAAGGAGGGUGGUCCUCUGUGUUCUUUUUAUUCUUUGAAAGAUCAGAGCCUCCCUCACCAUGAUCAGGGUGAAGAACUGGAAGAUGUCAAAGUUGAGGUUAAAGUGGAGGAACAGACAUUGGUGAGUGGAGAUCAGCAGUCUAUGGAGGAGGGGGAGAUAAUUAUGAAAAGUAAAGAGGAGGAAUCUUCUCUACAUAAGGACACAAGUGGACACAAUGUCCGGAAUUCCUCUGAGGAUUAUCGUAUUUUAUCUCCAGAUUAUAAUCCAGAAGAUAAAAACAUUGUACAAUAUUCUCCAGGAGCGAAUCCCGUUACUCCAAAUAUACAUCCCAGACCUUCCCAAUUGGAAAGAUCAACGGAUCCCUCCAAUCCUGAGGAAUCUUCUGAUAAAUCCUACACUAUGACAUCAGAAACCCACCUGAGAUCUCACAGUGCGGAGAGACCCACCGAUACAUCUAAUCCCCGGGAAUCUUCUUUAAGCUGUGAAGGAAUUCACACAGAGGAGAGUUCGUUGUCAUGCUCAGUGUGUGGGAAAUCGUUCACCUACAGAAAAGCACUUCUAACGCACAUUAGAAAUCACAAGCGCGAGCGACCUUUUUCAUGCCCCGAGUGCGGGAAAUGCUUCCCCGAGAAAAACCUACUUAUCACCCACCAUAGAAUUCAUACCGGAGAGCGUCCUUUCUCAUGUUUAGAGUGCGGGAAACGUUUCAUUAAGAUAGGAGAUCUUCAUAAACAUCAGAAAACUCACACGGGGGAGCGUCCUUUUUCAUGUUCAGAGUGCGGGAAAAGUUUUACUCAGAAAAGCUCACUUCUUACACACCUCAAAAGUCACACAGGCGAGCGGCCUUUCUCGUGUUCAGACUGCGGGAAAUGUUUCAGUCUGAAACAUGUACUCCUUUAUCACCAGAGAAUUCACACGGGCGAGCGCCCUUAUUCGUGUUCGGAGUGCGGGAAAAGUUUCACUCAAAAAGGACACUUUCUUUCACACCAGAGAAUUCAUACCGGUGAGCGUCCUUAUUCAUGCUCAGAGUGUGGGAAAUGCUUUACCCAGAAAGAAACCCUUCAUAAACACCAGCGAUGUCACACGGGUGAACGUCCCUAUUCGUGUUCAGAGUGCGGGAAAUGUUUCACUCAGAUACAAGCCCUUCAUAAACAUCAGAGAUGUCACACAGGUGAGCGACCUUAUUCGUGCUCCGAGUGCGGGAAAAGUUUUGCAGAGAAAAAAGUACUUCAUGCACACCAGAAAAGUCAUACGGGGGAGCGUCCUUUUUCAUGUUCCGAGUGCGGGAAACGUUUCAGCGAAAAGGGAAGCCUUCAUAAACACCAGAGAACUCACACAGGCGAGCGUCCUUUUUCAUGUUUAGAGUGUGGGAAAUGUUUCAGUGAGAAAGGAAACCUUCUUAUCCACCAGAGAAUUCACACAGGUGAGCGUCCUUUUUCAUGUCCAGAGUGCGGGAAAUGUUUUACUAUUAAACAACACUUUCUUAAACACCAGAGAAGUCACACAGGUGAGCGCCCUUUUACUUGUGCAGAGUGCGGAAAACGUUUUAGUCAAAAAGGAAACCUUAAUAAACACCAGAGAAUUCACACGGGUGAGGGUCCUUACACAUGUUUAGAGUGCGGGAAAUGUUACACUCAGAAAGAAAGCCUUCAAAAACAUCAGAGCUGUCACACAGGUCAACAACCUUAUUCAUACUCAGAGUGCGGGAAAUGCUUUACAGGGGAAAUAGGACUUCUUGCACACCAGGAAAGUCACACGGGAGAGCUGUCUUUCUCAUGUUCACUGUGCGGGAAAUGUUUCAGUGAGAAAGGAAACUUUCUCAGACAUCAGAGAACUCACACAGGUGAGCGUCCUUUUUCAUGUUCGCAGUGCGGGAAGUGUUUUGGCGAUCAAGCAAACCUUCUUAAGCACAAAAGAAUUCACACAGGUGAGCGUCCUUUCUCAUGUUCAGAGUGCGGGAAAUCUUUCACUUUAAAGCAACACCUUCUUACACACCAGAGAAUUCACACGGGGGAGCGUCCUUUCUCAUGUUCAGAGUGCGGGAAAUCUUUCACUUUAAAGCAACACCUUCUUACACACCAGAGAAUUCACACGGGGGAGCGUCCUUUCUCUUGUUUAGAGUGCAGGGAAUGUUUCACGUUAAAACAACACCUUCUUACACACCAGAAAAGUCACACAGGUUAGCGUCCUUGCGACAUGUUUCGCCCACUGGGCUUCUUCAGGAGAAAUAUUGUCCAUGUUUUACAUCAGAGGACAUUUAGUUCAUGAAAAAAUUCAUCAUUUAUUAAAAAAAGAAUAAAAAUGUAGGUUCCUAAUAAAAACGUUUAUAUUUAAGUAUCAUUUUAUAUAGUUCUUGUUUUUUCAAGGUGGUGUUAUGACAAAAUCCCGACAUGUUUUGCCCACUGGGCUUCUUCAGGAGAAAUAUUGUCCGUGUUUUACAUCAGAGGACAUUUAGUUCAUUAAAAAAAUCUCAAUUUAUUAAAAAAAAGAAUAAAAAUGUACGUUCCUAAUAAAAACGUUUAUAUUUAAAGC